AUGUCAGAAAGUCAAGUAUUCUGGUUAAUCUCUGCACCAAACAGACCUGGUGCCGAUAUCUUUGACAUUGUCAACACAAAGACUGCCAAAGAGAAUUCACUUUCAGAGAAUGUUAAAUUUAAUAUACCAGCACUCAGAGUUGGAACAUUAAACUCUUUAAUUGCUUUAAAUGACGAUUUGGCAAAGGUUGAUAACUUUGUAGAAUUGACCUCAAAGAAGAUUAGCAAGCAAUUGACCGAUCUUGUUGGUUCAAAGCCAGGAAAGGAAAAAGGUUUGUCAAUCAACGGACAAAACAUCCAACAGUACCUUUCAAAGUUCCAAUGGGAUGAUGCUAAAUUCAAUCCAAAGUCAUCUCUUCAAGAGAUUGUAGAUAAGAUUCAAAGCACUGUUGCUAAAUUAGAUGAAGAUUUGAGAGCCAAGUUGACAGAUUAUAAUUCACUUACCUCUUCUGUUGUUGCUGAAGAAAGAAAAUUAUUAGGUAAUCUCCAAGUUAGAAGUUUAAAUGAAUUGAUUACCACUGAAAAUAAUACUCAAUCUGAAUAUCUUACAACUGCAUUUAUUGUUAUUCCACAAUCGAUGGAAAAGGAAUUUUUGGCUACAUACGAAAACCUCUCUGACGAACUCUCCAAGUUUGUUCUCAUGAGAUCGGCAAAGAAGAUUGAACAAGACAAUGACUAUGUUCUCUAUGGUGUAUGUGUAUUUAGAAAGUUCUAUGACAACUUUAGAAUCAAAUGUCAAGAAAGAAAGUGGGUAGUAAGAGAUUUCAAGACAGAGACUGAAAAUAAGCCACAAGAAAGAUCGAAAUUGUCCGAAGAUCAAAAGAACUACAAGACAUCGUUCAUCAGAUGGUGCCGUAUCCAAUUCCCAGAAUCCUUUGUUGCUUGGAUUCACUUGAAGGCAUUGCGUGUAUUUGUCGAAUCCGUAUUGAGAUUUGGUAUCCCAAUGAACUUCCAAGCCAUCCUCAUGAAGCCACACAAGAAGGAAGAUCGUAAGCUCCGUGAUGUCCUCCUCGACCAAUUCAAAUAUUUAGGUUCACAACACAUCUCUGGCAAGGGUGAAGAAGAUGCCUCUGAAAAGUUUUUCCCAUAUGUUUACGUUCCAAUUGAUUGGGAUAUUUAA